AUGCCUGCUCCAAUGGACAUGGAACCAGAUAGACCUUCAAUUAAUAGUCAAGCUACAGAUGGUUAUAGUCCUGAUUUUUUUGAUGGUUUGUGUCAAAAAGAAAACAAUUUUUUUAAUCGAAUUUACACUUUUUUUUU